AUGACCGUUUUAUAUCUAGUGAGAUCAUAUUGGACUGUGUUUCGCUGGGACAUUUUAGUUUAGUGCUGUGCGUGCGUAAAGCUAGUUCUGUUUUCAUCAUCGAACACACCAUAUAUACCAAAUAUUUAAAAAAAAAAACCGAAGAAAAUUCCAUACCAGUUCUCCAGAAUUGUCACACAUUACAUUCUGUCGUUUUAAACACAAUUAGCAUAAAACCAAAUCAAUUUUUUUCUUUCUCGUCGAAAAAAAGCAAUUAAAUUUAAAACAAAAUGUCAUCAGCAAAUAUGGAUAUGUCGGAUAAACCAAUCUACGGUCCAUUCUUUGGUGUAAUGGGAGCCGCUUCAGCUAUCAUCUUCAGUGCUUUGGGAGCCGCAUAUGGAACAGCAAAAUCAGGCACGGGUAUUGCCGCCAUGUCAGUGAUGCGACCCGAAUUAAUCAUGAAAUCAAUCAUUCCCGUUGUCAUGGCUGGUAUUAUUGCCAUUUACGGUCUGGUCGUGGCUGUACUUAUCGCCGGUCAACUGACCGAUGCUAAGACUGGAUAUACACUAUUCAAAGGUUUUAUGCACUUAGGUUCCGGUUUAGCGGUCGGAUUCUCAGGUUUGGCAGCCGGUUUUGCAAUUGGCAUCGUUGGUGAUGCUGGUGUAAGAGGCACAGCACAACAGCCACGUUUGUUCGUCGGUAUGAUUUUGAUUCUCAUUUUCGCCGAAGUAUUGGGUCUGUACGGACUUAUUGUAGCCAUCUACCUUUACAUUAAAUUGUAAAUUGUCUGUAUGUAUUCGGCAUCCGCGCGUUGCGAACAAAAUCAAUUUAUUUUUUAUCAGAGAGAGAAAAAUAACAACAACAAACAACAACCACAACCACAGAAGUAAAUUAACAAAUGUCAAAAUAAUAAAAAAAAAAGAUCAUCUGCAACAGAAACCACAACUACAACUAUAACAACAACAACAACAAAAAAAAUGUAUCAACAAGUGUCCAUUUGAUUCAGUUUUAUUUUCAAUAUAAAAAAAAACAACACCACAAAAUUCAUUUUUUAAAGAAAAGCCUUUAAUCAGAGACAGACACACAUACACAAACAAAAAAACAAAAGAGAAGAAAACAUUUGUUCACCGUUUAGUUUUUUUUUGUUUUGUCAUCAUUUUCACAUACUAUGUAUUGCAUUAAGCAACACACACAAACUCUUGUAUUUUACGCCAACCGAAGUGAAACAAAAUCAUAAAUUAAAAGCGAAAAGUUUGUUCUGGCUUAUUUGAAGAAGAAGAAAAAAAAAAUGUAUAAAUUUCAAAUAUGAUUCCCCUGGGGAUACACUGUACACAAAUUGUGAUUUUAUUUUCUUUCGCAUUUCAAUUGCGUCCAAUUUCUUUUAUCUCGUUGCCCAUCAACGACCAAUUCACAGCUACACACGGCAGAAGAGAGGCAAACCGUCAAAACGAUGGAAAUUCUUCAAAGCUAGUUUAGAUCAUAUACGGCUCGUUUAGGACUUUUAACGUCAUCGAUCACGUGUUUUCGCUCAAAAUCUGUUCGUACCAAAACAAAACAAAAAAACGAAGCCGCCAUGCCGUAUAGCUGUGAAUGUAAUAUAAAAAAAACCCAAAAGAAACACACGCAAACAAUGAAAGAAAGUGACAUCACAGUGGAAUUUAAAAAAAAAAACAGCUGAGUAGAUUUCUACAGAUUUUCUUUCGUUUGUUAAUUUUAUUAUAUCAUAAUUAUACUUUUAGCAAAUACUGUUAGCGUAUGAAAAAUCAUUACAAAUACGAAAAAUAAAUAAAUUUAAAUUGAACAAGAGGAACCACUACCACAGUCUGGUUUUAAUCCAACAAAUGCUUUCAACGCAUAUAUACAUUGAAUCAACGUCAACGCGAUCGACGAACUUUCGAGACACUCACACACAGACACAUACACAUAAAAACAGUUCAAAAUCAUGCAGAUGAUGAUGAAAAAGGAAAGAAAAAAAAAUUGAUUGAGAAGACCUAAUAUCUGUACAUAAUGAAGUAACUAGUUCCAAAAAAAACAACAACAACAAACAAUGCAAUUAGAAUGAGAGACAGAGAGAAAAUUAAGAGAGAACGCAAGCGCGCGUGCAAGAGAGAGAAAAAAAACAGAAUUUUAUUCCAUUUAAAGGAAUACUCGUCAGUCUUCGUCGGGAGAUCCAAGAAAAAAAAAAAGAAAAUACGUGAAGCAUUUUGCUUUUGACGUGUUGAAAAUUGUGUUUUAAGAUAAAUGUGUAUAGUUAAAAAAAAACAAACAAAUUAACAAAUGAACAAGUGUGUUGAGUAUGGGCAACGAAACAUUUACAAGUAUUUUUAUUUGCACUUCGUUUUGUGUGUCCCAUUUCGGUUUUUGUUUUUGCUCGAUUUGUUUUGAAUUUAAAUGUUAAAUUCCCAAAUUCAUGGUUGAUUUCAAUUGAAAUUCAAUUUUCCGAAGAAAAAAAAACAACUAUUGAUGGUAAAACCAAAUCGAUUGUUUCCCUCUUCAAACAUUUCCAACAUUUGAUGUGUUCAACCAUGUCAUCUGUGCGAAAAAACCGAUCAAAGUGCACGCACAAUUUAAAUUCAUCUCGUUGGCCAAACGAUUCACAACAUUGCAUACCGACACAAACACACUCUCGCAUGAAUCCAAACUCAAAAGACAUGUGAAAAUCAAUAAGUCCAUUCGAUGCAACAACAACACGGAAUCAAAUUCAGGUCAUCUGAAUCAGGGGUGGGUGAUGGGGUUCUAAUAGGUGGCAAGAGCUGAACAAUUGUGUCAUGAUGCUGGACAUAUUUGAUUCCCUCUCGUCGCCAUAUAUCGCACCACCGUCUCGAGGUCAUUUGUGUCGAAGAUUAUUUUACUUGCAAGCGGUGUACUUAAAUUCGACAACGAUCUUUGCAGCCAAAUCGCAUCUCGCCUCUUCGGUAAUGAACAUGUGUUUUGGGUAUUUCUUCUUCAAUUUCAUAUCGAACCGAUAUUGACAUAGUUUGUUUGAGCGACGCGCGCGCGGCAAUCAAACACAAUGUGUUCACUGCACAAAGAAAAAUCCAUUUUUUUCCGGUUUGAUCCGUUCGAGGGACAACAAAAUACACGAUUUUAGCACAGACAUACACACACACAUCUAUUCACACGUUUCAUGGCUCAAUGAACGAAAAUCGAUUAUCAACAUCUCUUCUCCUUGAUUCACGUACACAUAAACACACAUUAAUUUUUAAACGGUUUUCCAUUCUAUUUCUGUUCACUACCAUACCUAUUACUAUAUAUAUAUUUAGCUAUCAAUGUAUAUUUUAUCUAUUUCAUUUCUUCGUAUCGACUGACUUCGUCAAGAGCAAACCGAAACAAGAGAUAAUAAACAAACUAAAAAUUUAGCAAUUCAGUUCCAUCGUUCGAAAUGUGUUGCUAUUUAGGGUAUGCCAGUUGUAAUUGAGAAGAAACGAGACAAGACAAAUACACACACUUAUAACACACAAUCUUCAAUCGAUCAUAUCAUAGAAUUGCAUAGUUAUUAGUUAUGCAAUGCUGUGCUAUCUGCGAUUAGAAAUGAAACAAACAAACAAAC